GUCUUUUCAGCUGUAGAGUGAAUAGUGCCCAUAAGAUGUCCGAGCUGGUGAGCUUUCGACCAGGCCUAAGAACGGGCCCUCCUGGGAACGAUCACGACAGCGACGACAACGAUUUCAACAGUGUAGUGGAAUCGGAAAAUGACGAACCGAGCUAUCCAUGCGCUAGAAGCAAUGCGGCCUACACCAGCUUAAUGCUGUACCAAGAAAGUAAACCAUACCCUACCCCGGAGAUAUGUGACCAGGAAAAGGGACAACUUCAACUGCAGAAAAGUGAAGAAACGGACCAGCGUGAACCCACCAACAAACAAAUUAAUGCAGAGCUGAGCAGCUUCGUGCAGAAGAAAUCGUUCGCCCAGAACAUGAUGGACAUUGCCCUGCUGUCGGCAAACACGAAUCAGCUGCGGUACGUGAUCGAUCUGGGCGACAAGCAUCCAUACUACAUGACCAGUUUGAUGCUGAUCAUCGUCAGUCUCGUGAUGCAGGUAGUCGUUGGCUUAUCGAUGCUGUACGUGAAUAGAUACAACAUGAAAAAUAGAAGCGAGAUAAAGGCAGCCUCGCACAUGAACAAUCUUUCCGUGGCGGGUGUGUUUAUGGUAACGCUGGUCAACGUGUUCAUAUCCACCUUCAACGGUGCAGGAGCUGGUACACCUCCUAUACCGGAAAUUGGUGGCGUGGUAGUUAAUGUUACAAACACUUCGACAGCAUACGCGAUACCAUGAGCAGUAAAGCAACUUAAGCAAAUCAGUUGCGCAUACUUUAGGAAACGGAUUUUUUCUAAAGCAAUGUUAUGAUACGAAUUGUAAGAAUAGUUUUGGAAAUGUUACUUAAUUUUUAAGGUAUUUUCAAGGAGCUAGAUAUACGUUACAAUCAGUUCAUCGCGUUUCUCGGAAUAAUUAGAGCAGAUAUAUUUUUUUAUCUGCGAAGAUAGCAAAGUAGAUAUAGACAUGGGUCCAAAAGUCUCUUACCUCUAACCGGUGAGGUGCGGCACGGUCUAAUAGAUUAAGGAGAUUAGUGAGAAACUGACACGGAAUGGAAUUUCGGCUUGCAGUGAUAAGGCGACGGUUUCUUAAUCGUCAGACAUUUUUUUAUCAGUGUCACUGUUGCAUAGGAGAUUAAGGGACA